AUGCACCGCUCAGAUGAAUACUACCAAGUCACCGGGGAUCCGGACCUCGAUAUUCAGGAUGGAAAAACACGUAUUCAUGCUCAAAUCGGUUGGCAAAGCGCAGAAUCCGAUCCAGAACUUCCGCCUAAGGCAAUACCGGCUUCUAACAUCCGGUUUCUGAGUUGA